UAACUUGACCUGAGCCAAGUUGGCUCUCAUCCCAGGAGAAAGCUGAGAUCUGAAUCAAACAAAGAGAGGAAGGACAUAAACAUAGAGACGGUUCCAAAGUUCAGGAACAGCCAUGAAUUGCUGCCACUGACUGAACUAAUCUCGCCUCUCCUUUGCGUUUGGAGUUUGGAGUUUGGAAGCGGUCUCUGGAUUUCAGUCCUUCUGCAUCUGGAGAGGGAAAGAGGCCGGGCUUCAGUCUUUCUGCCACAAAGAAAAGAGAAAGAGGCUGUGGGGUUAUGGAUCUUCUGGGGACCACAACCAUCUUCUUGGUGGUCUGCCUGGUCCUUCUGGUGGCCUGGAGGAAAGUGGAGGCCAGGAGGAAGAACUGGCCACCUGGGCCAACCCCUCUUCCUAUUAUUGGAAACCUCCUCCAGCUGAAGGGGUUCAACAUUUCAAAACAUCUGAAGGAGCUGAGCGCAACGUACGGUCCCAUCUUCACAGUGUUUUUCGGCUCAGAUCAGAUGGUGGUCGUCUAUGGGUCUGACUUGGUGAAGAAAGUUCUUGUGGAAAAGGGAGAUGAGUUCCUCAACCGGGGAAGUUUGCCAUCGGCAGAAAAGGCCAGCCGAGGACUUGGUGUGUUAAUGUCCAAUGGUGAGCGCUGGGUCCAGAUCCGCCGUUUCUCCCUCAUGACCUUGAGGAACUUUGGGAUGGGGAAGAAAAGCAUUGAGGAACGGAUCCAGGAGGAGGCCCAGCACUUGGUGAAGGCGCUCAGGGAGACCAAGGGUCAACCCUUGAGCUCAUCAAGCAUUUUCAACUGCGCCACUGGGAAUGUGAUCAGCUACAUCCUCUUGGGUGACCGGUUUGAUUACCAGGAUAAGGAGUACCUCCGAAUCAUCAAAAUCCUCACCUAUGGCUUCAAAAUGGAAAGCAGCUUAGUAGGACAGCUCUAUAACAUGUUCCACUGGAUCAUUGACUACUUCCCUGGUCUUCAUCUAAGAAUAUUGGAAGAGGCCUUCAGCAUCCAGGGCUUCAUCAACCAGAAGAUUGAGGAACACGUCAAAACCUUUGAUGCCACGGAUGUUCCUCGGGACUUCAUAGAGGCCUUCCUCCUCAAAAUGGAGCAGGAGAAGGACAACCCCAAGACUGAAUUUACCAAAGAGAAUCUGACGAUGACCAUUAACGACCUGUUUGUUGCUGGGAUGGAGACCACCAGCACCACCCUGAGGUUCAUCCUGAUGCUCUUGCUGGAACACCCGGCGGUGGCAGCGAAGGUCCAUGAGGAAAUAGACCAAGUGAUUGGCGGAGAGCGGAUGCCCACCAUGGCGGACAGGCCCAAGAUGCCCUACACAGAAGCCACCCUCCAUGAAGCCCAGCGGUUCCUCGAUCUCAUUCCCUUAGGACUGGCCCGCAGGGCAAGGAGGGAUGUGGAAAUGGAAGGAUUUGUCAUCCCAAAGGGUGCGACCGUCCUGCCCAUGCUGACCUCUCUCUUGAAUGAUUCCAAGCAGUUUAAAGACCCACAACGUUUCGACCCGGAACAUUUCCUGGAUGAGAAAGGGAACUUCCAGAAGAACGGGGCUGACGUGCCUUUCUCUGCAGGAAAGACAAGGUGUCUUGGUGAAGGACUGGCCCGGAUGGAGCUCUUCCUCUUUGUGACCACCAUCCUGCAGAAUUUCCGCCUGAAGUAUCCUCCUGGGGUCACCAAGAUCGACCUCACCCCAGAUGUCAGUGGUUUCCUGAACAUCCCGCGCCAAAUCCCCUUCUGCUUCUCCCCACGCUGAGGAGCCUGCUCCGCUCCCACAAAGUUCUCAUGACGUUCUCUCCUCGGUGUUGAGGCUGCCGUUCUAAUCUUAACUGGGAAGUUUAAAGAGCUCAAGAUAUAUGGGGCCAUGAGCAUCAACAUUUAUGAAACCAAAUCAUUCUUACCCCAGACAGCAGUGGCUUCCUGAAUAUCCCAUGCACAUCCCAUUCUGAGCAGCUCAUUUCGUUCCAUGAAGUUCUCAUGAAGUUCUCUUUGGUG